CAGGUCAAGUGCUGAGCGGCUAGUUACCAGUCCCCACCCUCUUGGGUCUUAACUAGUACUGUCUCAGUAUCUACCACCGUCUACGAUAUCUCCAUUUCGCGUCCUUUCUUCGCGCCUACAGUAUUUGUGAGCGCAUACAGCCACUUCCGAUUUUUCACGUCAGCUCCACAAGUAGAUAUUUACAAUGGGCGGUGUCACUCCAGUCGAGACCCUUCAGCAAUUCCAGGAGAUUAUUAAUAAGGACAAGUACACCGUCUUCGACUUCUGGGCGACAUGGUGUGGCCCGUGUCGUAUGAUCUCUCCCAUUUUUGAGAAGCUCGCCGAGUCAGCUGGAGAUGAGAUUGAGUUCUACAAGGUCGAUGUGGAUUCUGCGCCUGAUAUUGCGCAGGAAGUUGGAAUCAAGGCGAUGCCUACUUUCAUCUUGUUCAAGAACGGCCAGAAGGUUGACGACCUCAUGGGUGCUCACCCCGGAAAGUUGAAUGAACUCAUCGCAAAGUCAAAGCAGUGAUGAUAGAGCCAUCAUUGAAUAUGUAGGAAGGAGAGGGCACCGUAUUCGUGUACUUGUAAACUUAAAUGGGAACCGAAGAAUGAAACGAUCUUUGAUGUAGCUGUGGUGUAUUAC